CAUCUUGAUGAUGCUUCAGAGCCCAGGAUGACUUUAAGGAACAAGCUGCUAUGGUGGAGCGCAGGAACGGUCUCAUGACAGCUGAAAUUGAGGAACUGAGAGCUGCUCUUGAACAGACAGAGAGAAGCCGCAAAGUUGCUGAACAGGAGCUGGUGGAUGCCAGUGAGCGUGUUGGACUUCUGCACUCUCAGAACACAAGCCUCAUGAACACCAAGAAGAAGCUUGAGGCUGACCUUGUCCAGAUUCAGGGUGAAGUUGAUGACACUGUUCAGGAAGCAAGGAAUGCUGAGGAGAAGGCCAAGAAGGCCAUCACUGAUGCUGCUAUGAUGGCUGAGGAGCUGAAGAAGGAGCAGGAUACUAGUUCUCACCUGGAGAGGAUGAAGAAGAACCUGGAGGUUGCUGUUAAGGACCUGCAGCACCGCCUGGAUGAGGCCGAGAAUCUGGCCAUGAAGGGGGGCAAGAAGCAGCUCCAGAAACUUGAAUCGAGAGUGCGUGAGUUGGAGGCAGAGGUUGAGGCUGAGCAGAGACGUGGAGCAGAUGCUGUUAAGGGUGUCCGCAAAUAUGAGAGGAGAGUAAAGGAGCUCACCUAUCAGACUGAGGAAGACAAGAAAAACGUUACCAGGCUGCAGGACUUGGUUGACAAGUUGCAGCUCAAGGUGAAGGCCUACAAGAGACAGGCUGAGGAAGCGGAGGAGCAGGCCAACGUUCAUCUCUCCAAGUGCAGGAAGGUCCAGCAUGAGCUGGAGGAGGCUGAGGAGCGUGCUGACAUUGCAGAGUCCCAGGUCAACAAACUGAGAGCAAAGAGCCGCGACUCUGGCAAGGGAAAAGACGCAGCUGAGUAAAGCACUCUGGCAAAUGGGCUGUUUCCAAUCAUAUAAUAUGAUGUGAAAUAAACCACAA